AUGGAUCAUAUGGCCUUUCAGGUCUCGGGCAUGGCCCCUCCCAUCAUGAACCAACCGCCACAGGUCUUUGGUAGCUACGAUGGCAUACCGCAAUUGCCCCCCGAAAUUGCUGCUCAAAUGUUCAACGACUCGGCUAUGAUGCUCGAAGAUGCCAACGAUCCAAAAAGAAGGAGAAUUGCCAGGGCAUGCGAUAUGUGUCGCAAGAAGAAAAUCAAGUGUGACGGCAAGAUGCCUUCUUGUACGCACUGCAUUAAUUACAAGACCGAGUGUGUCUUUACUCAAGUCGAGAAAAAGCGCGCUCCUCCAAAAGGUGCAAAGUAUAUUGAGGGUCUUGAGAACCGUUUGAAUCGCAUGGAACACCUUUUGAGGCUCUCUGGCCUCCUCGACGAGGAUGAUGAUGAUCUUGGCGCUUUGGAGAAGAGGUUAAUGGAACGACAGGAAAAGUCGAGACAAGCGUCAAUGGCUGUUGGAUCUGGACCAAACUCACCAUCCCACUCUAUAUCUAUUCCUUCGGCCGCAGACGGCACUGUAAUGACCCCUCAGAGCUCACUGACAUCACCCAACUCUAUUGCCAAGGAUGAGAAGCGCAAGUCAGCCACACCAGCUCCUUCGAACGCCCCAUCAACAGCGCCAGCACCAAAUGCAAAUGGAGACGAAGCACAGCCUGAAGAGCCGGAAGAAGUUGAGGCUUUGUCAGAGAUGAUGUGCUCUCUAGUAACAAAUAAUUAUGGAGAGACUAGAUAUAUUGGCUCAUCUUCCGGUUUCUCUAUUUUCUCGCCCAAGGGAGUCUCGUGGGUGAACUCAAAGACUGGCGAUGACUCUUUCCAACGAACUAUAUCGGACAUUUCUGUCGACGACCACAAGUGGACUAACUGGAAACCUGAAGUCUUUGGCGAUCUCUUCCAGCGACCUAUCUUCCGCCCACUGCCUCCCAAGCCCGAGGCCCUGUCUCUGCUCCAGGAUUACUUUGACAACUUUAAUUGCAUCUUCCCUCUGUUUCAUCAGCCAACCUUCAUGCACCUGGUACAGAUGCAGUAUUCGGCUGAGCCCUACCAGGGAUCUGGAUGGUGGGCAAGUCUCAACUGUGCGCUCGCUAUCGCCCACCGCUUGCGCGUCAUGAGCAAUCUCGUUCCACAAGAUGAGGAUGAGAAGGCAUGGGGCUAUCUGAAGAACGCCAUCGGUGUUUUCCCAGAGCUGACUAUGCGAAACACCGACUUGUUAAGUGUCCAGGCUCUCCUUGGUAUGGCCCUGUUCUUGCAGGGGACACCCAACCCUCAGCCCACGUUUUUGCUCGUUUCAGCGGCGAUGCGUCUCGCACAGAGCAUUGGUCUUCAUAAGCGCGGUACCGGAUUUAACCUCAAUCCUAUCGAAAUUGAGCAACGUAAGAGAGUCUUUUGGAUCGCUUACAUGCUUGACAAAGACCUCUGUCUCCGCGCUGGCCGUCCACCGGCUCAGGAUGAUGAUGAUAUGAAUGUCGAGCUUCCAGAUGCUGAUCCAGCAGACAACAUCGGUAACAUUCCACUAGCUGAUGGCAAGGGCAAAAUGAACCUCUUCCGCGUCAUGUGUGAAUUCGCUACUAUCGAAAGCGAGGUCUACAAGAGGUUAUAUUCUGUUCAGGCUACCAAGCAAUCCGAUGGCGAACUUCUCAACACCAUUGGCGAACUGGACCAGAAGCUGGAAGAGUGGAAGGACAGUAUUCCCAUUGAUUAUCGCCCUGAGCAUGACAUCAAUGCCUCGCACACUCCUCUGAUCCUCCAUGUUGUUAUGUUGCACCUCACGUACUACAACUGCCUCACGACCAUUCAUCGCAUGUCUGUUCAUCACGGUUACUGGACUAGCCGACUGGCCAAUUAUGCCAUUCAGGGUCUAAACGCUCGACCUCUUAACCCGCGUGUCUUUUCCUCAGCAGCACUUUGCACGGCCGCAGCGCGAGCGUCUGUCUCUCUGCUGAAGUAUGUGCCUCAGGGCGAUUUUGCUUGUGUCUGGAUGAUUCUUUACUUCCCUGUCUCUGCACUCGUAACAUUGUUUGGAAAUAUUCUCCAGAAUCCUCUGGACCCACGCGCCAAGUCAGAUACUCGACUUAUGAAUAUUGUCGUCACCUUCCUCUCUAUGCUCGGACAAGAAGCUGAACAGGGUGGUGUGCACCGAAUGCUCGGUAUUUGUGCCGAAUUCGAACGUAUAGCCAAAGCUGUUAUCGACAAGGCCGAAAAGGAGCAGUCUUCUAGGCGCAAGCGUAAGAACCAAGACUCUGCAAGCAAAACAUCCACCAACGCCGGUGCGUCCUCAGUCCGACAACAUGCUACCAAAGAGUCGGUAAGGUCUGCUUCUGUGUCUUCCACUGCACCCAGAAGAUCUUCCCAAGCCCAGCUAUCACCACCCUCAAACGGUGAUUCGAUGGGAUCGUUUCCUAUAAGCACGCCGAUGAACGAUCCUUCUCCAUCGGCAAUGUCAGCUGGUUGGCCGCAAGAGUUCCCGGUACCGCAACCUAAUCAAAAUGGCGACUUUGAUUCAUCAAUGAACUAUGGUGAAGGUAGUAUGAACUCUCCGCAAAUGCCGGUAUCAGCAUUCCAACAGCCACUCCUUCCACAAGAUCUCUUCUCCUUGCCUAUGACAUUGGAUUGGAGCUGGGCUGAGAUGACCACUGGCGCGUACCCAACUGUCGAGAAUGGUAAUUUUGGGGGGGAUCAAGUAUAA